UCACACUUAUCUGAGUGGGCUCUUUAUUCCCCAACAAUCUUUGAUUUGGCAUGUAAAUCAUGUAUAGUUGUAUACACUACAUGAUAUGAGUCUUAUGAUCCUACUGAAAUUUAAACUCUCAAACCUCAUAUGUUUCUUUAAAGAUACAACAUUGAAAGCAACUUUCCACAGUUUUCUCAUUGAUUAAUACAAAACCCAAAUCGACCCCGCAUGAGUUUUUGUUUUUGUAAAAUAAUACAAGGGAAAAGUGAAAAUAUUAUGCUUUAAAAAAGGACCAAUAGCUCAUACUUGUCGUGGCUCUCCAAGACAACAAAGGCCCAUCCAUGCUUUUGAUUUCUUAUAAGGCUUUCCUCAUUAUAUUUCUUAUGGCUUCUCCAGGUAACAAGUAAGGUAUAGUAUUCAUCAAGUUAGGCAUCAAGUAUCAUUGCGUACUGUGAAGUGUCUAAUUGUGCUUUCUUCGAGUUAACAUAUAUUUCAAUCAUAGUGGAGUCUCGUGUGUUCAUCUAUAUACAAAGAACAAAACAUUUCUUUCUUGAAAAUCGAAACUCAGUCGUGUCACGAUACACCGGAGCUACACGAGUAGUGGUGUCUCAAGCCAAUACACCAUCAACUUUCUUUGGAAACGGGAGAAUGGAUGAGUUCAAUACAGAAAGAUCAAAGGCAUGGAACAUGUACACGGAUUCACCACAUAGCCCACCUCAAACAGGAGGUGAUGGUGAAGGUCCAUGGAAGAACUUUGGGACAUCAAUGAAUGCAAUUUCUUUUGGUUUUGUUGCUACCGCUGUUUUAAUAUCAAUGUUUCUUAUAAUGGCAAUAUUCGAACAUCUUUUUAGACCAAAUGCUUCAUUCCCUUUGCCCCAACAUGGCACCAGUCACUCUCUUCACGAAGACUCGAGGCCUAUGCAAAAGCUUGCAAGUCCACAAUCACAAGUACAAGCGGCUUAUGCAUCGGAUUUUUCGGUAUUGAUGCCGGGGCAUCAAUACCCUACCUACAUUGCACAUUCAGCACCUCUACCUUGCUCAAGGGAAGGAGCGCAAUGGCCUUCUCAUCAACAACAUAAUUAUGUAUUUCCUCCGUAGAAAUUAUUUUGUGUAUUAAAUACUUGUACAUAAGAUGAACUUCUCUUAUGAGAAAAUACAAUACUUUCCUUAAUUCCA